UGCAUUGGCCAAUGUAGGUAGGCUUAAAGCGAUGGUAAAAGCAUCUUUUAAUCGCUUCAAUCCCCAGGCUCUUGAGUUUUCAAGGAUUACUAGCCUGACAGUUCAUGUUCGCCCGGCAUAAAUGACGUCCUGCUGAGAUAAAUGAUUUAAGAAUAGCGAUUCAGCACACUGAACAACGAUGACCAUGGAUUUAAAUUCCAUUAUAGAUCAACUGGAGACCGGUGAUCAAGACGUUGCAUUGGUUGCCCUGCAGAUAUAUAACAAGGAGAAUAGCCAGUGCUUCGCAUUCAACAAGGAUGGGGAGUCAGAACGAGAGGAAGGAAAGCUAUCGGAGCGUCUUGGGAAGCUGGUGCUUGGCUUCCUGACCAGGGAGCUGCAGCCCUCCUGUCAGCUGGCCUGUGUGGAGACUGUGCGCAUUCUGUCCCGGGACAAGCACUGCCUGGGGCCCUUCGUCAGCCACUCCGCCAUGGCCACCCUGGCGACCAUAGCUGGCAUCGGCACUGCAGAGACGGGACAAGCGCAAGAAGGUGCGGAGGAAGGGCCAAAUGUGUCUGUGGGAGAAACAAAGUCGCCAAACAAUGCGUCGGAAAACCCAGAUGUGGAAGUAAUGGUGGAGGCGCUCAAGUCCCUCUGCAACAUCCUGCUGCACAAUCACACCGCACAGGUGGUAGCGGAGGAGCUACAGCUCAUGAAAGGCAUUGCGGAGAGGCUAAAACAGUGUCACGAUCCCACAUGGACCCACGAGGUCCGUUUCUUUGACCUGCGUCUCACCUUUCUGCUCACGGCUCUUAGAGUGGACGUCAGAGCCCAGCUGGCCAAAGAGCUUCAUGGCAUCAGCCUGCUCGGUAACCAGUUGGAUGCCACAUUAGGAUUGUGUUGGCCUGAUACCUUUGAGAGUGCCCGGGCGGGCUCAGAAGGCAUUCCUCCAGAAGAGCUUCCUCCUCUCAGCAGAGAGCAGACGGAGCGAGCCAUGGAGAUCCUAAAGACUCUGUUCAACAUCACCUUCAACACUGCGAAGAGCGAGGUCGACGAGGAGGACGCUGCAGAGUACAGGCACCUCGGGGCCAUACUGAGGCACUGUCUCAUGAGCUGUGCAGAUGGAGAGGAACGCACAGAAGAGUUCCAUAGUCACACUGUCAACCUUCUCGGCAACCUCCCGCUACCCUCUCUGGAUGUGCUCCUGAUGCCCAAGGUCCAGCAGGGAUCCAUUGAACACAUGGGAGUCAACAUGGAUGCCGUCCACAUGCUGCUAGACUUCAUGGAAAAGAGACUCGAUCGAGGAAAUAAGCUGAAGGAGACCCUCCUUCCUUGUCUGAAUUUGCUGACCGAGAGCGCCCGGAUCCACCGGGAGACCAGGAAGUUCCUCAGGUCAAAGGUGUUGCCUCCACUGCGUGACGUGAAGAACAGACCCGAGGUCGGUAGCUCCCUUCGGAACAAACUUGUUCGCCUGAUGACUCAUAUCGACACAGACGUCAAGACAUGUGUGGCAGAGUUAAUCUUUGUGCUUUGCAAAGAGAGCGUGUCGAGGUUCAUCAAGUACACAGGCUACGGUAACGCAGCAGGCCUGCUGGCUGCACGCGGGUUGCUGAGGGGGGCGGGUGACUCUGGCAUCUACUCUGGUGACGAGGACUCUGAGACGGAGGAAUACAGAGAGGCCAAGGCACUAAUCAAUCCAGUGACGGGCGUGGUUGAAGAGGAACAGUCCAACCCCAUGGAGGGAAUGACAGAGGAACAGAAGGAGUAUGAAGCCAUGAAGCUCGUCAGCAUGUUUGACAAACUAUCCAGGAACAAUAUCAUUCAGCCGAUGCAGCUGGGAGGGGAUGGUCGGAUUACUGAAUUGAACCAGGAUGACAUGCAAAGGCUGGUCCACAAUCCACAUGUCCAGCCCCGGGCCCAACCACCUGGCUCAGACAGCGAUGAGGGCAAUUAGUCAACACACUUAGGACGCACAUGAAGAUGCAUGCACAGAUGCUCAUUCGCUCACUCACAGCCGUCUUAUCACACCGUGAGGACCACUGAAAGGUGCUUGAUUGGAUCCAACCUUUCUGAAGGGUCUGAGACAUGAUUUGAACUGCUAAAUAUAUACUAAAUAGAUUUGAACAUAAAAACGACUUUGAAAAUCCAAAACUCGCUCAUAAAUCUCAACCUGACUUUUUUCCCCUACAGGGGACCAGUCAUGUUUCAGGACGGGUCAUCCAUUUCUCUAUUGGCAUAUAUCAACACCACUAUUAGUAAUUGAACAAUUCAUGACAAGCCUUUAAUUUAACUAAUGUUGGUCCCCACGGCAUGAGUGAUAUAUUGGGUUAUGAAGCCACCAGGAUAGAAAAACACACAAACAUGCACACAAUGAUCAUUUGAGAUACAUGCUACUUGUAAAAUGAUAAAUAUUGAAUCAGCCAUAACCCAUGCAAAAUUUUGGCAUCUACUGUACCUGUUAUAACUUUAAUAUUUUGAACAGUACUUUAUCCUAUAUCUAUGAGUUGACACAUGAAUCUGUUCUAAAAAAACGUUUAAAGGUCUGUUAAUGCUCUGUGUAACUCAACAGGUUUUGUGCAAAAGGUAUUAGCUUUAUUCAUAUUUUAUUAUAUUAAACUAUAUUUAGAUAGUCAAAGUAUUUUUCCUCAUGGAUAUGUGGCAUCACAAUCAGUUUUUUAACAUAGAGCGAGAAAUAUUGUAUUUGAGUUGUAAUGGAAGUGUGUUGCAUCUGCAGAAUGAGAAUGAAAGACUGUUAAAGAUCAUUUAUGUUUAAUUUAACCAUUGAUAUGGUCAUUGUAAUAAUUUUUUCCCUCACCAACUUACCUAACAAACCAAUGUGGGCUGUAUUUAAAGUAAAAACUUAAUAUUAAAA